GUACCGAUUUGAGAUUCAAUAAAAUUGAAGUGCAGUUCAAAUUUGAGUAGUCAAUUGCUUCUUUGAAUUUGACAUCUUUGUCGAUUAAAUUUAUUUAACUGUCAAAUUAAUUGCUACGACUAAUCAGUAAUUUUCAAAUCGCCGGUUCCGAAAGGAUUAUGGAUAAUCACAGUCAGUCGCUGUCCAAUUCGAGCUGGGAAAACCCGUUUGGUCUCAGUGGAAGUAUUGGUCCUUGUAAUUUAGAAAGUAGCGAACAAUUUGUUGGAGAAGAAUUAAAGGCUUUUUUUGACAAAGAAGAAAAAAUGUAUCAAUCAGCUUCAUCUGUCAAGUCAGAUCAAAGUCACCAAACAGAGAAAAGCAAUGCAAUGGUUUCAGGAAUAACACUAAGGUCAUUCAUGGUCGACAGUGGUGAUAGUGAUCUCAUUCAUCAGAAACUUACCAUGAGUCAAUAUUUGGCAUACAAAUCAGAGCCUAUGGGUCCAGAGUUGGGAGAUUCUGCGUCAUUUAGAGAACGACCUUAUUUCAGUUUUCAAGAGAAGAGUCUUCAGUCAUCAAGCAGUGAAAAAAGUGAACCAGGCAUAGUAGAGUUUAAUCCAGACUUUAGCCAAGAGCCUUCAUGGAUGAAAAAGAAAUCUUUGAGUUCUCUCUCCAGUUCUGAAAAUCUAGAAUUGCCAUCCAAGAGUCCUGAUAGCAGUGAAAACUGGUUGAUUGGCAAUAACAAGUCCGUAAGCCAAAUAGGCAGUUUGGUAGAUAACAAUGAAAAAUCGAGUGUGAGCCUUCGUGAGAAAGAACCCAGUAUUCAACAUGUCGAGGAAAAAAAUGUCACACCAGUCGAAUUUAAACAACCUGCCCCCUGUUUGACACUGCAAGAAAUUGGAGAAACCAGUGAACUUCCUUCUCUUUAUUGGAAACCACAAGACGAAUCACAUAUCGAUGUGGGGCAGUCUCAUAUUGAAUCAGUGCUCGAUCCCGGAGCAAUAAGCCAUUUUCAUUCUUAUGUUGCUGGACACGUUGAAUCGCUGUCGCUGGGAUCCGAUAGCAGUCGACGACCAAGUGAAAUUGCCGCAUCCAGUCAGAGUUCUUCGUCGCCAGCUAGUACGAUCCGGGAGAACACCGAUUUCCCUCGGUGUGAUUCGCUGAUUUCAGAACCACAGUUGAGUUCAACCCGUGAAAUUACUGACGAUUUCAUAGAUCAAAGCUCGUGUGAAAGGCGCGUGCAUUUCUUGCCGGAUCCCCAACGUGCAGAAAUUAGUCACAUAUCAAUGCCGGCACAAAACCUGCAACUGGGAUCGCUUCUAGAAGUAUCUUGCAAACCCAAUCUGUGUUCCACGGCAAUGACACCUGCAGCUAAAGCGUCCGAACAUGUGAUGCGCAUUCUGGAAAAUCUAAGUCAACAAGGAAACAUCACCUGUGAUCACGAGCCAGAGGUUCAGUCAGUGACUUCUCGAGUGAACAAAGCUUGUAAUGUAGAAACAACAUCACGAAAUUUGGAUCUGGAAUGGGAACGAAUUGAACGCGAAUUGACACUACAUGAAGCAAAUGGAUUCAGCCCAGAAUCCUGGUUAGCUGUAUUUUCCGACACUUCUUUGCUGUCAACACCAUUGCUGAUGAACAAAAUCAAGGAGCACGUUCUUCGCCUAAAUGGUCGUGGCAUGAGCUCAGGACUUUUACCUUCGGAAUCGAGCGGCAUCGGCGGAAGUGGUUUUGAAAUAACCGAAAGUCGAGCUGAUAGCGCUUACGGACUUCCCUCGUCUAACAAAAGCACCAACAACUUUGCUCGUCGAUCCUUACUCAACAAUAAUGAUAUUUCUUCUAGAACUUCGUCUGGGAAAUUUAAUCCGACAGAAUUGAAUCAGCAACCCGUGUUCCCUCUUCCUGUACCUCCAACACCUGCUGAUAUCGAUGGGAAACUUAUGAAGAAUCGACACACAUUGGCUGCUGUACCCACACGUAGCUCCGUGAAUCGUGAACCUCAGACUCCCGUUGAAAAAAUAAGCGAAUUCAACGACAAAGAUUUCUGUCGCAUCACAUCGACAGUUAUCAAGAAGAAUGCUACCCCCGAUGUCCCAAAAUCUUCUGUUGGCGUCGCUCAGGUCAAAACGAAUUUAAUCGAAUCAGCCCAUUCCCUUCAUGAGCCGUUAGUCAAAGUGAAUAAAUCGCAAGUUUAUUUUGGAGGGGCCAGAGUUCGACUCACUCAGAUCCAAAAUGUUGUUGUCCUUAAUUCGUCCUUCAAACAGGGAUUAGAGCUCGAUUUGCGUAUCAAGGAUUCAGACGAUUUUCAUAUGCUGGAUGAAAAUCGUAGUUUGGUGUCCCGUCGUAAACUCCAAUUAGAACCUCGUCAAGAGUGUUGCCUUGAUCUUGUGUUUCAACCGAAUAGUCUUGGCCCACUAACCACGAAGCUAAAUCUUUAUCCACGUUGCGAAUCGGCCAAAAAAAUGAAGUAUACUGUAGAUCUCUUCGGAUACGGCGGAUCAAGCCACAUUCGACGAUUGGCAGAUAAUACUGCUGAACCAGAAAAUACACUAGUGCCUAAAUCCAAGGGAUCUGUCUGGAACUGCCAACUUGUCUUGGAAAAUCGGGGAAAUGUUGCAGGAUUCGCUUUCAUUCAACCGUUGCAAGAAAACGGGAAAGUUCUAGACCCUUAUCAAUGCAUUGUCAUGCCCCAGUGUUGCUCUGUGGGUGUCGGAGACAUUAAAAGCAUGCAAAUUUUUAUUCAUCCGUCAGAAAAUAGGAAGGUAACCUCGUUUAAAUUACGACUCGUGUGGGGCGACGAGCCACUGCGUGCUCGCUGGAUUAGAUGCAUCGCCGAUGGAGCUCCCGUGAUCCCUACUACUGAGAUCAAUGAAAUCGACUGGACUAGAUUGUUACAGCUGGAGGCCAACGACAACCCCUUGAAACCUGCUGUCUGUGAAGGGGAUAUGGCAUUGUUCUUUAACAAUGCAACGGCGGAGGAGAUCAAUGUAAUUAUCCCAGAACACGAGAAAGACUCACGUUUUGUAACACUAGCCGCAGAGCCUGCCACGGUCCUUGAACCAUCGAUUCUAAGCGACGCAAAGCUCCCGCAGCAUGUCCCGCAGAGACGUCAAACUACUGCUGCCAGUGGGAAAUGCCCAUCUGACGUGGUUGUCUCUGCAGCCGUUACUGAGGUGGCGUUUCCUUCCACCAAAGUUGGAGCCGUAUCCUCACAAAAGAUUCCGCUUCAGAAUUGGAGUGGAGACAAACAAGAGGUUCGAGUGAAGACCAUCAGUGGGCCUUUUGUCAUGAACCAUGCUCGCAACGCAGUCCCAAGAGGUUACUUCACUCGUUUACCCAUAGAGUUCCAUCCAACAACAAGCGGUUCGCACUCUGGGCGCGUUGUAUUGGAUGUUGGACAGAAUGGGCAAACUUUAACAGUUGCACUCAAGGGGGACGCCUACUAAAAUUGUAUGAUGUGUUUAAUUAUCUUCCGUUAUUCCUUUUUAUAUUAAUAAUGCAUUUCUUAAGCUUUUUCUUUUACUUCGCAAUUAAAAAUGGCAAUUCACGCUCUUUUUGGCCCAUGAUCGAGGUCAAUAAACUUAUUCUGUAAUAAGCUUUUGCUUAAAUGGGAAACUUGUAAUUUAUUCCGUCUUAAGGCCACUUUAUAGACAGAAUUGAACAUGCAUAAAGAAACAUUUUAAAACAACCAACUGGAUAAAAGAACGUGACAGGGAAACAGAAUGAAAUGGUAUGAAGAUUUGGAACGUCGAAAUUGAAAGGAGGGAAAAAACAUGGAACGACGUGAAAGCUUAUUUUUUCUUUGUGAUUUUGCGGUUUGAUUUAUCACUGUGGUCCGUUGGCAGAUCCAACCGCAGUUCACGAUAAUCCGCCUGCGUUAAAAAUGCAAUUGUGUGACCAAACAUUUCCAUAAAACAAAGUCAGUAAAAUGUUUACCAGUUGCUCGUUAUCGGGAACCCUGCUAAGGAAAUCGAGAGCUUCGUUAUUAGGAAUGCUGUGGGGUCUGAAAAGCUUGCGCGUAAACUUGUUGACACCCCAGCCAAGAAUGAGGAAUCGUAAUGGAACGGUGUAUAGUAAAAUGCAUGACGCAAUCAAUAAAAUUAUGGCCAAGUAGGAAAGAAAAGGUACACUAAAGUUGAAGGUGCUAAAAAAAAGAAAGUUUUUUUUUUAAAUAAUUAAAUGUCUGUUAAUUUUUUUGCAAUUUAAAAUUCGGCGACAUACUUUCUCACGCUUUCAAAUAACGAAGCCAAGUAGCCAAUGGAAUUCUGGACGGUUAGAGUCGCUUCCUGGAUUGUGUGAAGCCGCUCUUUCAAACUCUUUCGUUCUUCCUGAAAUACACACACACACACAUUAUAUUGCAAUAAUAAGUGAUCCUGAAAAUUAAUUCAGAAAUUAAUUUACCUUAUUCUUAUCGUCAGCUUCUUCAUCGUCGUCAUCGCCAGACGCGUUAUCACUCUCUUGAUAUUCGCUAACAUAGCCGUGAGUAAAUGAUCGGAUC